GGCCUUCUAGCCUUUCAAGUUACUUCAGUUACAAACUUACAAACCCCGCCGUGGAAGAGUUGUAUUAGACGAGCAGAACUCAGAGCUGGUUUUUAUCAGGAAAUCUCCGAUCCGAUCCACCAAGAGCCGAGUCUCCCACCCCAGUGAAUUCCCAGGGAUUAUAUAUUGAAACUACUACAGGAUAUCGGAGAUUGAAAUGGAUACAGGAAAAGCUCAGAAGAUCGAAUCAGGUCACAAUGACUCAGUUCAAGAUGUAUCCAUGGAUUACUAUGGAAAGCGUGUGGCAACUGCUUCAUCUGAUACCACUAUCAAAAUAACUGCUGUAAGCAAUAACUUGCCUUCGCAGCACCUUUCAACUUUGAGCGGUCAUCGAGGCCCUGUUUGGCAGGUUGCUUGGGCUCACCCCAAGUUUGGUUCAAUCCUUGCUUCUUGUUCUUAUGAUGGCACAGUGAUGAUUUGGAAGGAAGGUAAACAAAAUGAAUGGACACAGGCUCAUAUUUUCGCAGACCAUAGAUCAUCUGUCAAUUCUAUUUCUUGGGCACCUCACGAAAUUGGUCUAUGCUUGGCUUGUGGAUCCUCGGAUGGCAACAUCUCAAUUUUCACAGCAAGAUCCGACGGUGGUUGGGACACAGCCACGAUUGACCAAGCCCAUCCAGUUGGAGUGUCCUCCGUUUCGUGGGCCUCUUCCACAGCUACUGGACCUCUAGUUGGAUCCGGAAUGCUGGAUUCCGUUCAAAAGCUGGUUUCUGGUGGUUUCGAUAGUACUGUGAAGGUUUGGAAGCUAGUUGAUGGGAAUUGGAAGAUGGAUUUCCCUGCACUGCUUAUGCACACUGAUAUGGUGAGGGAUGUGGCUUGGGCCCCCAACUUGGGCCUUUCAAAGUCUACUAUUGCAAGCGCUUCACAGGAUGGGACUGUAGUCAUAUGGACUGAGGCAAAAGAAGGCAAUCAAUGGGAAGGUAAAGUGUUGAAGGACUUCAAGACCCCUGUUUGGAGGGUAUCAUGGUCUUUGACUGGAAACUUGUUGGCUGUGGCUGCUGGAGACAAUGACGUUACAUUGUGGAAAGAAUCAGUAGAUGGGGAGUGGCAGCAGGUGACCGCUGUUGAGCAUUAGAUUUCGACUGUCCAAGUUUGUUUCCGUAUUGCCGUUCGUGUAUUUGGCACUGUUAAGAACCAGUUUUCUAUCUUUAGUACCUUCAUUAUACCGUUGCUUUUAUAUGCGUUAUUCUGUAUGGGUUAUUGUGAUUAUCAAUUGACUGAAUUAGUCAUGGAGGAAGGAGGUUUCAUGAGUCCUUUUUGUUUCUCAUUUUUCAUGCCAUGUACUAUCAUUUGAUUCCUGUAAAACGAUUGCUUGGGUACCCAGGUUUCUUGCUUUCUUCA